CACCCGGAUAGGGAUGCCUUCAGGUAAUCUAUCCUAUCCAUCAGUCUCAUUCCUAAAAGUUUGUGUAACGACGUUCACGAGGACAGGCUGGUUAAUUUUAGAUUAACCAUAUUGUUGUACAGUGGUGUCACAGCCUGCAUAAAUGUGGUUAAUUUCAAUUUAACCAAAAUCGGAAUCAUGCAUUUUAUGUCAUGACAUAGCUAUCUCGCUGAUGCCUUUGUGUAGCCAGAAUAUUAUGGAUAACAGUAGUCUCUCCAUGAGACGUGUGUUGUGUUUAUUCGACGUGGAUGGCACACUUACGCCAGCCAGAGAGAAGAUAGAUCCUGUUUUGGACACAUUCCUGCAAACCCUGCGAAAGACAGUGAAGAUAGGUGUAGUCGGUGGGUCUGAUUAUGCCAAGAUUGCAGAACAGCUUGGGGAGGGGGAUGAAGUUCUGGAAAAGUAUGACUAUGUCUUUGCGGAGAAUGGAACUGUUCAGUACAAAGAUGGAAAGCUUGUCUCAAAAGAGGCCAUUCAGAAUCAUUUGGGAGAGGAACUACUGCAGGAGCUUGUAAACUUUUGCCUCCAAUACAUGGCAGGCCUCAAACUACCAAAGAAAAGGGGAACCUUUGUGGAAUUCCGUAACGGAAUGCUGAAUGUCUCUCCCAUUGGUCGGAGUUGCUCUCACGAAGAAAGAAUUGAGUUUUCACAAGUGGACAAGAGAGAGAAAAUUCUUGAGAAGUUUGUGGCUGCUCUUCAGACGGAGUUCCAAGGGAAAGGCCUGUGCUUCUCCAGAGGGGGUCUGAUCAGCUUUGACAUUUUCCCUGAGGGAUGGGACAAGAGGCUCUCGCUAGAUCUGGUAGAAAAGGAGAGACUGGAUGCUGUUUACUUCUUUGGGAAUGAAACUCAUCCUGGUGGCAAUGAUCAUGAGAUCUUCAAUGACCCAAGAACCAUUGGUUUUUCAGUGUCCUCCCCCGGUGACACAGCAAGACUUUGUCAACAACUCUUUUUAAACAUAUCAAUGGACUGAAUUUUUGAAGCUUUGGUUUUAUUUUCCGCCAAUUCUGCUCAAGGCCCAAAGGGUUUUAGUGAAAGAAAAGGAUGAUUGUACUGGGAUGUCUCAGGUAGACCAAACUGAAAGGAGGUGGCCGUGUGAAUGGUUCUCUCCGGGUGACUUUUUCACUGGAGCCAGGAACUAAUUGUAUUAUGAACAGUGACCAUCAGUGGCAGAAUGGGCCUACAAGUGGCCAUUAAGAACCAUCUCAGACAAAAGGCAAAGAAGUAAAACUUCAUUAGAGAAUGUCUUUUUUUUUUACUUUAUACUAAGACACAAGAUUUCCUGUGAUUUCCUGCAUAAAGGACUAUAAAAGCUUCCAAAUGAUAAGGAAAGCCACUCGUGUUGGUGAAUGUGAUGGCUGAAAUUUGAUGGAUUCUGCUGGAUGUCAGCCUUUUGUCGUUCUCAAAAUCGCUCUGAAAGUGAUCCCCAAUGAUAUCAUGUCAUUAUCGUUAUAGUUUAUGUGUCAACGUUGUCAUUCAUAUUAGGACAAUACAUUUUUGCUGUUAUACUUAUCGAUCUUGGUGUGAGGACACUGGCUCUCAAUUUUGGCUACUUACAUAUUUUCUGAAAAAGACUUUACAUCUAAUAGAGGAGCAAGUUAGAAAAGGAAAUGAAUCAUAAAACUAUUUAUUAAACAUUUUUCUAUGACAAAGACAAAUGUUUACAAAUGCAGCAAAUGAUGAAUUAACCAGAAAAGUAAACAAAAACACAACACAAAUACUCUUCUACAACCCUUGGUCCAGAAGUUGAGACACUGUAAAAUGUAAAAAAUAAAAAAAAAAAUGUGAUGAUCUGCAAAUCUCAUAAACCCAUAUUUAGUAGCAAAAAUGGCAUUGCCAACAUAUCAAAUGUUGAAACAUACAAAUUGGUCCAUUUAAUGGAAAAUGUUUUGCAUAAUUUGCCCGCCCAGGUGUUCACCGACACCUCAACCUUUUUACUUCUGAAAGACUCUUCCUCUCUGGGAUGUUCUUUUUAAACCCUAUCACUGUGCCAGUUUACCCAUUCUGAAAUGGUCCUUUUUUAUUUUCUUUGGCAUUACACAACUUUUCCUGUAUUUUGCUGCUCCCGACCCAACUUUUUCUGAGACAUGGUGGCGACAACUUCAAAAUGAACAUUAAAAACAAUAAUAUUUCUGUUUCAACAAGUGAUAUGCUGUCGUUGCACUAUUCUAAAUUAAAAAUAUGGUUUACAUGAUUUGCAAAUCAGAGCAUUCUGUUUUACACAGCGUCCGUACUUUUUUGGAAACAGGGUUGUACAACAGUACAAAGACCAGAGAAAAAUUUAACACAGAUGUAUAAUCAAAUCAAAUAGCCCAUUACAAAUUGUAGAUCUGUGAUUUAAAUGUCAUAUUGAUCUUCUAUUUAGAAAGUUACAAAAUGUGAGUUCAUGUAAUUUGGUUAAUUUUCUAUGUCAUAGAUUAAAGAGUCGUGUUAUGAAUACAUACUGAUUGGUGGUGGAAUGUUGGAGACUGGAUAGACUAAAAAAGCAAAAAAAAACAUCAUAAUGUUUUUUCUCACCUCAAGCGUUUAACAUUAUACUAACAAACAGUUACUUUAAAUGAAAAUAAAUACAUGAAAAAAAUAAUAAAUAAAUAUGCAAACAGAUUAUCUGGAAGAAAUUUUUUGUCUUUGUUUCACAGUAUGUUUAGCCU